UACAGCUGACAGACUGAAGCUGAAAUUCUGAAUAAAUGAAGAAUUCUACAUUCUGUGGAGGGGGGGUUGUCCCCUUGAGUCUUGGCUCCGUCACAGCCAUUAAUUCAUGCCCCUGGGUCAGGCUGAGAAGAAAUAAAAUCCAGCAACAGGAACAGGGAUGUGCAGUGGAGAAACUGGAGCAGCUUCACGUGCCGCAUUCCAGACUCCGGCCAGAUGUGAGGGAAACAAACUCAUCUGAAGUCAGAACACAGGGAACACCGAGGGUAAAACCCGACCAGUGAGAAGAGAGACCAGGAGAGAAUCCCAGAGGAAUCCCAGCUCCCGAGAGAGAAGAUGAUCCUGGAGUCGUGCCUUUUGCUCCUGCUCUAUAACUGUGUCCAGGGAAACUUCACCAGCAAAUGGCAAAGAGUGAUGUAUUUCCCAUCUGCACAUCGUAUCCGACGUUCCUCCGCUGAAUUGCUGAACCCUGUCCUGCAGAAAUCUUUACCUGAAGUGGAGCUUCUGUACGAGUUCCUGCUGAGUGGGGUGAAUCUCAAUGCAGACCAAGUGAUGACCCUACAGGACCCUGAAUUGUCCUCUUUAAGGAAAGCCACCACCUUCCAUGUCAUUUGCAAUGACGUCAUACCCAAGACGGUCUCUGAUAUCCGCAGGCUGGGGGCCAAACUGUCUCACGCCCAGGGGCCCCUGAAGAGGCAGGACUUUGAGAGGACCCUGCUGACUAUGGUUUACACAGCGCUGAAAACACCAAAGUCCAACACUGGCCACCAGCAGAAGAUCUGGCUGGACUCCCUCACUGAGCUCUUUGUGGCCCUUAGAAGGGACUUGAUGUUUCCGUACCAUAAGGAGGGGGGACAGUGACUAAAUUAGGGGGUUCUCGCCCGUUUCCCACUAUUUCUGCAUGCUGAGCUAUUACUCAAUACUCUAAUUUAUUCUACUCAAUGUCAUGGGAUCAGGGGGUAAUGUUGCAGCCAUUGGAUCCCUACUAAAGUGGAUUUUGGGUGAUACCAAUUACCAAAACCCUGCUUUUGAUUCGUGAUGCCCCUCUAGGUGAAGUCAGUUUGGGGUGCAGGACUGGGGGCCCUUACUCCUGUGGUUUUGGUCCUUUCCACACUAGACUACUUCAGGAUUAUGGAGUUUGCUCAAGGGCCACCAUCAACUGGUUACAGGAGGUGCUGAAGUCAAGGGCCCUGGGAAAUGCAAAGGUCAGAUCUGUAGACCACUAAUGGGUCAGGGCUUGUGAAUAAAUGAGGGGAGUAUGGGUGAGGUGUUAAUUGGGUGUGGUUGGGAUGGAUUGAGGGCGUGGCUAGGAGCACCAUUUAGUUUUUUUUUCCCAUUUGGGCCCCAUUCUCAGAACCCGCCACUUAGGAAUCCCAGGCACUUGGUUGAAUAAUCACCUGGGACCCCUGGGGCAUGGACUACAUACAAUGGACUCCCAUCAUGGUGCACCUAGAUUUUACUGGGCAACAUCAAUUUAGUGCCCCAACACAUUGGUACGUUGACCUGUUUGACUGAUAUUGAUGACAAUUUCUCAUUAUUUAGGGCUUUACCGGACCCUCUACAGUCCUGGCCCCACACCCAAAAAACUGGGCUAAGACCCCUAUAGUCAGGCUACUGAAAGGAGCAAAAGACAACGGGGAUAGGAUAGACAUGAGAUGGAACAAAAAUAUAGAAUUCCAUUAAAUCCGGGGGUUUGCUUAAUCUACAUGUACAAGUCUAUUCUAUAAAGGGGGCGGGGCUUUUUGGUAUCAGGUACUCGUGUAACAAUACUCAGUCCCGCUGUAGUUGCACAGACACUGUCUAAGGACGUUUAUUAUGGUGCUGGCUCUUCCCUGAAAUAAAUGUGAGAACCUGCAACAAGAUUGGAGAAAUUUGCAUCUGUUUCAUUACAUUGGCCAGUCCAAUCAGAUUGCAGGCAGUCACUCGAAAUCUGGUGGGACAAUCAAUCCCUUCAGCACCAAUCGGAUCAAGUGCUGGGGGAAUCCAAAACAUUCUGGGGCAACGAAGUCAAAGAAAUCUAAUGUGUCAAAUGAUUUUUUUACACCUGCAAAUGUAGCAGCCAUAAAUAUACAGUGAGCACCCUCUAGUGGCAGCUUAUGUACCUA